AUGUCCCCUCUUUUAGCCUUGGACUUACCCAGGAUUUUGGGAACGGAUCUUGGUGAUUCUCGUGUGCCUGUUGCUGCAGAUCAGCCUUGUGGUGGGUCUGACACUGUGCCGGAAGUUAAUAAUGUCAUUAUUGCUGAGUAUGUGAGUGGAGUAGGUCUUGAAGGUACUGGAGUGGGAAAUGGGGAUUGUGCGUGCAUUGAUUCCGAGAUGCCUAUUGUUGGGGAGGUGGAUGGGUGUUCGCGUCAUCCAACAAUGGUAGAUGCUGUUCAUGAUGGUUCUUUUGUAACACCUAUAGAGGGUGUGAGUCGUGUCGAUGGUACGCCUCUUUAUGUUGCUUCACUAAAGGCUAAUAGGCCCGAGCGCCCUACUCCUGAUUCGAUUCGCUAUGUGGGCAUCGGACCUAGUGUGCCAUUGCCAUCUUCUGGUUUCCUAGAUGAUGUCCAGUUAUCUAAGUGGGUUUUAGAAUGUGACGCUGUUGAUAAGAAUGAAGAAUUAUUUUCGUAUAAUGGGUGUAUCGCACGGCGCGAUGAUUUAUGUUCAUUAGCACCGGGUGAACUAGUGACGGUUGGUGUGAUUGAAGCGUGGUCCUGUAUUUUAAAUAGCCGAGAACACUCUAAGCCUCCAGAUGCCCCAUCUAGAGUAUUUGCGUCUCCAUUCACCGCUAUUGAUCAUGCUCAGUUAACGUCCGAAUCACCAGAUAAACAACUAGUUGGACGGUUUUCCAAGGCUUUGGAAGCUGAUCUCGCACUUUCCCCAUAUACACACUGGAAAGAUGUUCGUCUGCUCUUUUUCCCCAUGCUUCACAGUAGCCAUUUCUAUCUCCUGUUUGUGGAUUUUGUCUCCUGGCGGUUAGAGAUAAUCGAUAACUGCACAAAAUGCCCAAACACGUCAAUCAAGUAUGGUCUGAUACCGGAUAAUUUGCUACUGUUGCUGUCUCGUAUUUCCUCUCGCUUACUCAAGUUGCAAACUCUGAGUGGUGCCUUCAUUUUGUAUCAAAGAGGAUGGAUAUGAAAUGGCGUGACGCUAACAACACGAUUGACUGUGGAGUUAACCUUAUGCGCCACAUGGAGAGUUACGUUGGACAGUGCGUAACUGACUGGGAUUGUGGUCUCGUUAAGGGUGACCAAGCUGCAUUGGAUCGCUUCCGCAUGAAGUACAUUCGUGAGAUAUGCACGGCAAAUAUCAAUUCUCACCGCACCAGCAAUGUUGCACGUGCCAUUCAGUUUCUUUCAUCUUUGGGGAUACCCGGGUGAAUUGACUUAAUUUGGUGUUUGUUGUUAAUUAGUUGAUAUAUUCGUUUUUUUAGACAAGCCAUUUUGGACUUCAUCUCGUAUACUAUAACGAUGUUUGUCCCCAAAGUGCGCUUCACGAUAUUACUGUUUUGCUUCAAAUAGUUCCCUAAGACAAUGUUUACUAUUGAUCUAUGUUUGCCAUUUAGUUACGUCUUCUUUGCCACAA